GCAGGGGGCAGUUGCUAGGGUGACCGGCAUUCCCACUAGGCUGGUUACUAUUGCUUCUAUUGUAUGCAGACUGGAGGUGACAAGCACAGGCGGCAUCCAAUACACUCCGAAUACUAACCACACGUUACACACCCAGCACCGCUUCACAUUCAGCCAUAUCAGCACUGCUUCAUGUCUCUAUCAUUUCCAUUGGGAGCCGUCACACGUUGGGCACAUAUGCGAAUAUUUCUCCUGACGCUGGAUUAGUUGCAGAGAAUGCUGCAGUUCUGCACUGGGAUCCUGUGCCAGCCAUGGAUUCUUCCUUUGUCUUGUGACUCUGAAUGAAGGAGCCUGAUGCUUAUUAAGAAGCCUUAGACUCUUCUCUAAAGUUUUCAUUGGCACAAUGGAGAAGUAUGAAAAUCUUGGCCUGGUGGGAGAAGGCAGCUAUGGGAUGGUGAUGAAGUGCCGGCACAAGGAAAGUGGUAGAAUUGUGGCCAUCAAAAAGUUUCUGGAAAGUGAAGAUGACAAAAUGGUUAAGAAAAUAGCAAUGAGAGAAAUCAAAUUACUUAAGCAAUUACGUCACGAAAACUUGGUAAAUUUAUUAGAGGUCUGCAAGAAAAAGAAGCGCUGGUAUCUAGUCUUUGAAUUUGUUGACCGCACCGUACUUGAUGACCUUGAACAGUUUCCAAAUGGGUUGGAUUUCAGCAGAGUUCGAAAGUAUUUAUUUCAGAUUAUAAGAGGGAUUGGUUUCUGCCACAAUCAUAAUAUUAUCCAUCGAGACAUAAAGCCAGAGAACAUACUGGUUUCCCAUUCAGGGGUGGUAAAGCUAUGUGAUUUUGGAUUUGCACGGACACUGGCUGCUCCAGGAGAAGUAUACACAGAUUAUGUGGCCACCAGAUGGUACAGAGCACCUGAGCUUUUGGUGGGGGAUAUCAAGUAUGGCAAGGCUGUUGAUGUCUGGGCUAUUGGCUGCUUGGUCACAGAAAUGCUUACUGGAGAACCACUUUUUCCUGGAGACUCGGAUAUUGAUCAGUUGUAUCACAUAGUUAAAUGCCAAGGAAAUCUGACUCCACGCCUGCAGGAGCUAUUCUAUAAGAAUCCACUGUUUGCUGGUGUGACUCUGCCAGAGAUUAAAGAAGUUGAACCUCUUCAAAAGCGAUAUCCUAAACUCUCUCCUAUUAUAUUAGAUUUAGCUAAGAACUGUUUACAAAUUGAUCCAGACCAAAGGCCAUCAUGUAUGACUUUGCUGCAGCAUGACCUAUUCAAGAAGGAUGGCUUCUCCGAGAGGUUCUCACAGGAAAUCAGUGUCAAAGUCCAAAAGCUCUCUAAAGACAAUCCAUCACCACCCAGAAAAAUAAAGAACUGCAAGAAAGAUGAUUACCCAGGAGAGAAGAAGGCAUUGGCCAUACAGGACUUCAACAUAGAAUGUAAAGGAAAAGAUGCAAAGCCUUUAAAAGUCAAGAUAAUCAAAAUGGAUACAGAUAAGAGUGAGAGGAACGAUGCAGCAUCUAAUGCUAGUAUUUUAUUUAAUGGAUCAAAUCAGAACAGAACAACCCCUUAUAGCGCAUUGAAAGAAUCCAGCACCAGCUUAGAUCAUCAAAAAAGCCCAUGUGGCAUAAUUCCGCCAAUCAGUUACAAUCUUACUGCCAUCUCUCCUCAUAUGACGUCCUCCACCAAUGCAUCAUCUAUGUCAAGCCACAUUAGCUUCAGAGGAGAAGAAAGAGGGAAAAUGUUUGUCAAUUCUUUAAAAAAACAUGGAGGAAAGCCUUCCCCCGGUUACAGACAGAACGUUACAACACUGAUUGGCAAUGACAAGAACCCUUUGCAACUAAACAAGAAAAGAUGGGAGUUCUCAAGAGCCGACAUGAGACUACCAGAGCUCAGCUAUGGCCACUUGCCAGAACUGAAGAGCACAGAUGUUGGCAGUCUUCACAGCGUCCGUAGCUCCAAGCUUGUGAGGAAAGAAAACAAGAUGAUACCAGAGUCUCGUAUCCCUUCUCUAGCUAUGAUUGAUCUACAUAACACAAGCACAACCUUGCCACAGUUUGGGGGAAAUUCAAUGCAAGACUCUACAGAAGUUUUAGAAGCAAAUUUUCCUCCAGUGGAACAGUAACAGAACAUUUUAAAAUAAGGACAUGAGGCAACAACGUGACAAGAUUUGUGACAGUCGUGGGACAUGAGAGACUGAAGACACUCAGCCAGGAUCAGUUUGGAGCCUUAUCAUGGACACCGUGUUACAAACUGCGGUUAUGACAAUACAGUACUGUAUAUUGCUGUAAAAAGGUCACCCACUAAGCACUGCAAACGGAUUGCAGGGGUAGGAUUUUAAUAUUGAUGGCCUAUCCUCAGGAUUAGCCAUCAAUAUCAGAUUAGCAGGGGUUCAACACCCCACACUCCCGCCACUCAGUUGUUUCAGAGUAGCUCUAGGGCCAAAAGUCACACUGGAACUUCACAACUCCAUGUAUCCUGUAGUGGACAACUCUGUCCAUUGUGUAGUGGACAAAAUUGGUUAAUGCAGCACUGCUCUCACUGAUAUGAAUGGGAGCAGCACUGUGAGCUCCGUCCACUACAGGAUACAUGGAGUUGUGAAGUUCUGGCACCAGAGCUUUUGUCCAACUCCCCGCCAAUCUGAUAUUGAUGGCCUAUACUGAGGAUUAAAAUGCUGGGCAACUCAUGUAAUUUUGUGUAAUGACAGGAUAACACAUGACAUGAUCAUUAUAGCUUUACUGGUCUGGAUAUGAGACUGCAUUAACUUUUCUAUAACCAUAUGUAUGAAGUGCUCUAAUGGAGCUAUGACUUUGUCAAAUAGCAACUGAUUCAAUGACAUUUGCACAAUUAAUGUGGGAUUAUUUCAGUAUACAGUGGUAUCACUGUAUUUCAUCAUUUGAGAAUGCAGCAUGUGCAGUCAAUGGGAAAUCUCUUGACUAUCUAAAAAAUUAUGUAAUAUAAGCAGUUUUUGAGAGGAGAAGCGGUCUCACCACCCAAAUAUUCAGAAUAAUCUGAUAACCUAUUUCCAUCAGUUGGAAAGUAUUACCCAGUGGGGAAGAAUUACAGUUUAAAAUAAGGACGAUUGUUUUAUAUCACACUGACUCAUAUAUUGUAUUAUAAAAAUGUACCCCCUAUGGUUUAAUAAAAGACAGGCAUAUAAAAUGUCAAUGACUAUUCUCUAUAGAGUGGCUGCACUGACUGCGAUCCCAUAAGAACAAGUAGUACUAUAGCUUGUCCACUGUACAAUUCAUGCAAUUAAAGUGUAUCGUCAUUAAAAGCAACAAUAUAAAGGAUCGUAAGGCCAUGCAGAAAUUUGCAUCAGAAAUUCAUGACUGACCAUCAGAUUUCUGCUGCAAAUUUGCAGUUUGAUCACAC